CACAAAAUGGCGGGUGUGAGGAGUAGGGAAGAUGGACAACAAGAACAACUUAAAACUGAAACCAUGGAUGAUACUCUCCAAGUGAUUUACCUACCUACUACAACUAAAGAUAAACUUAGUGUUUUGCUAGACUCUUAUAGACCAAUGCUUUCAAACUGGGAAAAUAUCGCUGAACGUAGAGGAUUGAAUUAUGAUGAAAGAACACACAUAAAAACUGGAUUCCCGAAUGAUUACAGCUAUUUCAAACGUCUCUUGGAUCACCCCAAAGUUCAAGGUUAUACAGUUGAGGAACUUGGGGCUGAUUUACAAGCAAUCAACCGUCAGGAUGCCCUAGAUGUCCUGUAUAGUAAUCCUGGAGGUCUCCAAUGA